AUGUCCCGUAAAGUGGCAGAUAGAGAAAUAGAACAACUUCUGGCGACUUUAGAAGAUGGAAAUAUUUCUGAGGAUGGCUUGGAAGAUGAAAGUGAAGAUGAAGAAACCUUUUUCGCUAAUGCAAGAGAAAUGAUUCGAGAGUUGGAAGACGAGGAUGCAGAGCAUCAUGAAGAUCCUACCUAUUGUGAUCCACCACUGGUUCAAGAUUUGCCUGGCCCAUCAAGUCAAAUUAUUAGUUCAUUACCCAUGCAAGAAGCUUCAGCUGAGAAAGGAUUGCGAAAAGCAAUAGAAGCAGCAACCAUGGAAGAAGCCACCAAGAAAAACUAUAUCCUGGGUGAUUCAUCCCACCCGCCGCACAUAUCAUGGGCGGAACAUAGUAAAAAAAGUCAUGGGAGCCACCACGAUUCACGUAUCCGUGGAAGACCUAAAUACUUACCCAAAUCAUACUGGGGUCAAUGGAUGAGUGCCACAAUCAGCUACCUUCUACGAGACCGACGAGAUCUCCAGACUCAGCUUCACACCAGCGGGAUCCACGCCGACGCGGAGUUAGUGUACCAAUCUGUGAUC